GAAGCGCCUUUACGCACGGACACAGGUGGAUGCUGGAAAGCGGACCAGCUCUUAGGAGAUGUUACCCCUGGCCCAGUUUGGGUUGCUGUCGGCUCUGGCCACCGCACUCACUUCGGUCCUGUCCGCGCUCUUGCUUCUGGCGCUGACCCGGCAGCUGUGGAGCCUCCGCUGGAGCCUGACCCGGGACAAAGAGAGCAGCCUGCCGCUGCCGAAGGGCUCCAUGGGCUGGCCGCUGAUCGGAGAGACUUUCCACUGGCUCUUCCAGGGUUCCAACUUCCACAUCUGGCGCAGAGAGCGCCAUGGCAAUGUGUUUAAGACCCACCUCCUUGGGAAGCCCGUCAUCCGGGUGACGGGCGCAGAAAACAUCCGCAAGAUCCUGCUGGGCGAGCACAGUCUGGUGUGCACUCAGUGGCCCCAGAGCACUCGCAUCAUCCUGGGACCCAACACCCUGGUCAACUCCAUCGGAGACCUGCACAAGAGGAACAGAAAAAUCCUGGCUAAAGUGUUUAGCCGGGGGGCUCUGGAGUCCUACCUGCCCCGGCUGCAGGACGUCGUCAAGUCUGAAAUCGCCAAGUGGUGCUCGAAGCCCGGCGCCAUCGACGUUUACAGUGCGGCUAAGUCCCUGACGUUCCGUAUCGCAGUCAGGGUCCUGCUGGGUCUGCAGAUGGAGGAGGAGCGGAUAGUUUAUCUGGCCCAGAUCUUCGAGCAGCUGAUGAACAACCUCUUCUCGCUGCCCAUAGACGCUCCGCUCAGUGGGCUACGCAAGGGGAUAAAAGCCAGAGAAAUCCUGCAUGCCAACAUGGAGAAAAUCAUUGAGGAAAAGAUGGAGAGGCAGCAGGCGGAGGAAGAAUAUCACGACGCCUUUGACUACAUACUGUCCAGUUCCAAGGAGCACGGCCAGCAGCUCAGCAUCCAGGAGCUCAAGGAAACAGCAGUAGAGUUGAUCUUCGCUGCUCAUUCCACCACAGCCAGCGCCUCCACAUCUCUAAUUCUGCAGUUUCUCCGCCAUCCAGCGGUGGUGGAGAGGGCCAGAAUGGAGCUGGAGGCCGAGGGCCUUGGCUACGAAUGCAACAGCAGUCACAGCUCAUCUGGUAAUCACAGGGAUGGUUUUCCACAGUCACAGUCUCAUAUUCCGUAUCUGAGCCUGGACAAGCUGAGCCAGCUCCGCUACGUCGACUGUGUUGUCAAAGAGGUGCUCCGCUUCCUGCCGCCAGUCUCCGGUGGUUACCGGACGGCCCUGCAGACGUUUGAAUUAGACGGCUACCAGAUCCCCAAAGGCUGGAGUGUAAUGUACAGCAUCCGGGACACUCAUGAGACCGCCACGGUCUUUCAGAGCCCGGAGCUGUUUGACCCAGACCGGUUCGGCCCAGACCGGGAGGAGAGUCGGUCGGCUCGGUUCAGCUAUGUGCCGUUUGGCGGUGGUGUACGGAGCUGCGUAGGGAAAGAACUGGCACAGAUGAUCCUAAAGACUCUGGCAGUGGAGCUGAUCGGGACUUGCAAAUGGACUCUGGCCACGGAGAACUUUCCCAAGAUGCAGACAGUGCCGAUAGUGCACCCGGUCAACGGGCUGCAUGUGAAUUUCACUUACAACUACCCGCUUUAGAUAAAAAAUACAGUCUGACAGACUUUCCAAAAAAAUCACCCUAGAGGCAUCUUAACCUUCAGCCUGCUUUUGGAAAAUCUCUCCAAGCCCAAGAAAGGAGGUACAAGCACCUCGUUGGGCCUGAUGGUGCAAUUCAAGCCAACUGAAUUUCCACGGGCAUGAAGCAGGGGUUUACAUUGCUGGUUUGGAGCAAGUCAUCAUCUCUACAGUGGUUUGAUCCAAACCUAACAGACCACUUUCUGUUGUAGCACGAGCUCAUUUUUAACCACCGGAUAUGUUCCCCUGCAGCAUUCCCCAGCUUUUACUAUCCGUAACAUGCUUUUUUAAGGUAAUUAACGUAACAAGGUGCAAUUCAAAAGUAAGUCUGUGUAGCCUUUUCCCAACCAGAACAUCUGGGUUUGCCAAAGGUGCCUAGUGAACAGACUUAAGGUGCAUUUUACUUCCAUUAAAUCGAAGACCAAGACAACACAUCUACUGUCAAUAACAGGAGAGAAAGACUUUCCAAAAAGUCUUUCCAUGAAGCCAUCUUAGCUCCAGUUUCUUGGCUCUGACCAAGCUCCAGGUCCAGGGACGAACAUUUUGUUUGCGAUACACACUUACACGAAGCGAUUUACAGACAAUGAAAUCCACUCAGCUUUUGUGUUUUUAUCUUUUUCACCACUUUGUAGCUUUUACAUCAAUGUGUAUCAGAAAGGAAAUAUCCAAGGGUUAUGAAUGUUUCCUGUGCUGAAUGAGCAAGUCAUGAGUAUUUCACUUCACUUGCAUUCACAAAAAACCUUUGAGAUUCAGACCUUUUUGAAAACUGACAAAAAUGUAGCUGGUCAAUUCUUCUGUUAGAAAAUAUCUCCAGACUCACGUUGGACACAGCAGAAACUCAAUUGGUGUUCAGUUAUCUUUGUAAUGAAUUGUUUUGCAAUGAUCUCCACCGCUAAAACACUUUUACUGAUGGAACUUGCACUUAAUUUUGACAAAUAAAUCCCACAACCAGGAACUUCCCAAACAUCAAGAUAAAAUACAAUCAAACUGUUCUGUUUUUUGAACAUGAAUGUAAUAUAAUGUAUAUCCUUAACAGUGCUAUUAUGCGUGUAUCAAAUGAAGUAGCAUUAUGAAUAAGCUGUAUUUAAAAUGCAGAUGUAUCAUUUCUGCUGUGCUUUUACUCUAUCUGUAACAAUAUUUGCUGUAAUUAUACAUAGAUAGACACUAACCUGUAAUGUAAAGGACUGUCCAUAAAACUUUAUUUCACUGCCAGUAAAUAGAUAUCUUUCAUUGUUUAGAGCAGCAUAUAUAGAGAGUAAAGUUAUUAUUAUUAUUAUUAUUAUUAUUGGUCUAAUUUUAGGACUGUUUCUGUCUGGGUCUUGAAG